AUGGGCUGCGCCCCCAGCAUCCACGUCUCGCAGAGCGGCGUGGUGUACUGCCGGGACUCGGACGAGUCCAGCUCCCCGCACCAGACCGCCGCCGUCUCGCAGGGCGCCGCCGCCCUGCACGGCCUCUUCGUCAAGACCGAGGCCGCCGACUCCAUCCCCGCCGUUCUCGCCUACCGCAGCCGGCAGCCGCCGCCCUGCGCCGGGCCCCGCCGCAAGGAGCGCGGGCAGCUCGGCGCCCCCGCCCGGGCCAGGGCGCCCCGCUGCUGCGGCAUCGAGGCGGAGACCCAGAGCAGCAGCACCGGCCGCCAGGCUUCUGCUACAGAGGUACAAAUUGGGCCCAUGAGACUGACACAAGAUCCAAUUCAGGUUUUGCUGAUCUUUGCAAAAGAAGACAACCAAAGCGAUGGUUUCUGGUGGGCUUGUGACAGAGCUGGUUACAAGUGCAGUAUUGCCCGGACUCCCGAGUCAGCACUUGAAUGUUUCCUUGAUAAGCAACAGGAAAUAAUUGUUAUAGAUCACAGGAACUCCAGAUAUUUUGAUGGGGAAGAUAUGUGCAGGUCUAUUCGUGCCACAAAGCCAUCAGAACACACUGUAAUACUUGCUGUGGUUCCUCGCAUAUCUGCUGAUCAAGACGAGACUUCCGUUCUUCCCCUUCUUAAUGCAGGCUUUGAUAGGCAUUUCAUGGAGAAUAGCAGCAUAACUGCUUGUUACAAUGAGCUGAUUCAAAUAGAACAUGGGGAAGUACGAUCUCAGUUCAAAUUACGGGCAUGUAAUGCAGUGUUUACAGCAUUAGACCAUUGUCAGGAAGCCAUAGAAAUAACCAGUGAAGAUCAUGUUGUUCAGUAUGUUAAUCCAGCCUUUGAACGGAUGAUGGGGUAUCAAAAGGGAGAGCUCAUUGGCAAGGAACUCACUGAAAUACCAAAAAGCAUUAAAAACUGUGCAGAUCUUUCAGACACUAUCAAUACAUUUAUUAAAAAAGGAAAGGAAUGGCAAGGGGUUUAUUACACAAACAGAAAAUCAGGAGACAGUAUCCAGCAGCAUGUGAGGAUAACGCCUGUGAUCGGUCAAGGAGGGAAGAUAAGACACUUUGUGUCCCUUAAAAGGCUGCGAUGUACUAAUGAAAACAAGCAGCAGCUCUGCAAGAGUCACCACGAUAACAAGUGUACAGGAGACAACUCUCAGUCAGAAUCCCAUUCCUUCAAAUGCAAGAACAGAAGGAAAGACUCGGUUGAUGUUAAGUCAAUAGCUUCUCAAAGUAGUGAUGCUCCAAGUUUACAGACCCGACGGAACUCCUCAAUGGCAAGGAUCCACUCAAUGACAAUAGAAGCUCCUAUCACAAAGGUUAUUAACAUAAUUAAUGCUGCCCAGGAAAACAGCCCCAUCACAGUAGCAGAGGCCUUGGACAGAGUUCUGGAAAUCUUGCGGACAACAGAACUUUACUCCCCUCAGCUAGGUACCAAAGAUGAAGAUCCUCACACAAGUGAUCUUGUUGGAGGUCUGAUGACUGAUGGCUUGAGAAGACUGUCAGGAAAUGAGUAUAUGUUUUCUAAGAAUAUGAACCUGAGCCAUAGUCACCUUUCAGUGCCAAAUACCAUCAGUGAUGUUCCACCUUGUAUUGCACAGCUCCUGGAUAAUGAGGAAAGCUGGGACUUCAAUAUUUUUGAAUUGGAAGCUGUUACAAAUAAAAGGCCAUUAGUCUAUUUGGGCUUGAAAGUUUUUGGCCGGUUUGGGGUCUCUGAGUUUUUAAACUGCUCGGAAGCAACACUGCGAGCGUGGCUGCAGGUGAUUGAAGCCAACUACCACUCCUCCAACUCCUACCACAACUCCACGCACGCAGCCGAUGUCCUGCAUGCUACUGCCUUCUUUCUGGGGAAGGAGAGAGUGAAGGGAAGCCUUGACCACUUAGACGAGGUGGCUGCGUUAAUAGCAGCCACCAUUCAUGAUGUAGAUCACCCUGGACGGACCAACUCUUUCCUGUGCAAUGCAGGCAGUGAAUUAGCUGUCCUCUACAAUGACACUGCUGUGUUAGAGAGCCAUCACACGGCACUGGCAUUUCAGCUUACAGCUAAAGACAGCAAAUGCAACAUUUUCAAGAACAUUGAUAGAAAUCACUAUCGGACAUUGCGCCAGGCCAUUAUUGAUAUGGUUUUGGCGACAGAGAUGACAAAGCACUUUGAGCACGUGAACAAAUUUGUGAACAGCAUCAACAAGCCGGUGGCAUCUGAGGAGACCAGCUCACAUAGUGAAGGCAGCGACUGUGAACGUACAGCCAACAUAAAGAAUUUUCCAGAUAACCAAACACUGAUCAAGCGCAUGAUGAUCAAGUGUGCAGAUGUAGCAAAUCCGUGUCGCCCCCUAGAGCUAUGUAUUGAAUGGGCAGGGAGGAUUUCAGAAGAGUAUUUUGCACAGACUGAUGAAGAGAAGAGACAGGGUCUGCCUGUUGUAAUGCCAGUUUUUGAUAGAAACACCUGCAGCAUCCCCAAGUCUCAGAUUUCCUUCAUUGAUUAUUUUAUAACAGACAUGUUUGAUGCAUGGGAUGCAUUUGCACAUCUGCCUGUUUUGAUGCAACACUUGGCUAAUAACUACAAACACUGGAAAACACUGGAGGAGUUAAAGUGCAGGAGUCUCAGGCUCCCAUCAGAAAACAACAACUGA